AUGGAUCCGGGUAUCCUUUGUUUCCACCAUUGUGAACAUAAAGUUUUUUGUACUAUUAUUCCGGAACAAUGCCCUGUUUGUCAACAAAAACUAGAUAGAUAUGACUACAAGCUUUUACCAUUCAGAGUUCCAUAUCCCUUUGUUAAAGCCUCUCAACAUCCAAGAGCUAUAGUAAUGAAACCUACUCAUGGCGAUUUUCUAAAUGACUACUACAAUUCCAAGGAUUUGCACAUAGGGGUAACAAAUUCACAUGGAUGUGUAAUUGAGUUUAGUGAGGAAGGUGUUCGAGGUGUUAAUCCUUUAACAAAGAAAUGGAGUGAUUUUGACAAGAGUUCAGAUUGGGAUCAAUGCUUGAUGCUAGAGGAGUUUGACGAGUUGUGGAAUGAAAUAUGGGACAGUGUACUUUUGAAGGUUAGCUUAAGCCCACUAUGGGAAGCAGACAGAUACAAUGAAGAAAGGCAUAACUGUUUUACAUUUGUUCUUGCAUUUCUAAGAGCACUUGAAUGUGGAGAACUUUCUGAAAAAGCACAUGACCCAAAGUUAUUCUGUAAACAAUAUGUUGUUCCUAGAACUUCAGCUGCAGGAAAGUAUAUAUCAUUAUACAGGCAGUUAAAACGACAAAACUACUUCAUACAAAGCCAA